AUGGCUCUCGCCCUGGGCGUGCUGGGUGUCGGGGUCAUCGCCUCCGCCGUGGUGCGGGGCCUCGGCGGAACUUCCCUCGGCGCGGUGACUUUGUCCCCGCGGAACGCGGCGAAGGCAGCGGAGCUGCAGCGAGACUUCCCGGAGGUGAGGAUCGCAGGGAGCAACCAGGAAGUGGUGGAUGCCUCGGAGUGCGUCCUAGUGGCGGUGCUGCCGACACAGGCAGAAGAAGUCUUGAAGGGCCUGGUCUUCCGGGAGGACCAGCAGGUGAUUUCCCUCAUGGCCGGGCUGUCGCUGUCGCAGCUGCGGGCCCUUUGCGGCUCCGAAAAAUCGGGGCCGCGGGUGUGCAUCGCCAUCCCGUACCCGGCGGUGGCCAAGCGUCAAGGCGCCGCGCUGCUGCUGCAGCCCACCGAAGCGGCGGAAACCAUCUUCCAAGGCCUUGGCCGGUGCGUGGCGGUCCAGAAGGAGGCGGAGUUUAGGUACCUGAUGUGCAUCUCCGGGCUCAUGGGCAACUUCUACAAGCAGCAGCUUACGGCCCAGCGGUGGCUGGAGGCGCGGGGCGUCCCGGCGGCCGCCGCGAGCGCCUGGGCGGGUGCCUCCUUCGCCGCCUUUGCGGCGGACAGCGCGGAGCCCCGCGAGGAGACCUUGGAGGAGCUUCUGGCUGAGCAAACCCCCGGAGGGCUCAAUGAGAAGGUCUGGCAGCUGAUGGACGCGCAGGGCAGCAACCAGAAGCUUUGUUCUGCCUUGGAGGCGGUGCACAAGCGCCUCACCUCGGGCCGCUUCCCGGACUCGGCGCCAGCAGCGUUGGAGGAGGCAUCGCUGCUGACGCUGCUGGGGGCCCUGCUGAGGUGGCCCUUUCGGAGGAGGAAGAGCCGGCUGCGGUGA